AAAAUCAAUUUUUGGCGGAUUAUGUAUGGCAGCACGCCUUUUUAUUUAUAUCUGAUUCUAAUACCUUGAGUUGGCAACAAAACACAAUCCAGCGAAAUUAAAAUAAAUGUGUUUAUUGUGAAUGAUCAAUACACAACCAGAGAACGUAUAAUAACGUAUUUAUACGUUCUCUGACACAAAUGCAAUAGAAAAAGGGGACAUUUGAAACAUGUUUAUUUUUUAAUAAUACUUCAGAUGGAUAUAAAUCGAGAAAUCACACUUAUAAAACCCAUUGAAAACGAAAAAAAUGCAGAAAAAAGGAAAGCAAAUUAUAACAAAAACAGUGAAAGUGAUGUCAAAAAAACAAAACUGCAAAUUUCGUUGGAAACUCCAGAAAAACUUCCAAAACCGGCAGAUACGUUUACCCACGAACACUCCGCGGGAACAAUAAACUUACCGCUUAAAAUAAAUUGUCAUCAAAGUCCUAAGAAACGCCUAGAAAUAGCUCCUGUUAUACAAAAUAAUGCAAAAGAACAAUUUAUUUAUGGCAAUUAUAACAAAUAUUACGGAUACCGGAAUAAAGGAAACGAAUGCAUUGAUAAACGAUUAGAGGUGUUUGCUAAGCGCGUGGAGCUUUUCGAAAACAAACAAUUACUUGACAUCGGUUGUAAUAGUGGUCUUAUAACCAUGGAGGUCGCAAAACGAUUUGACGUAAAAAGUAUUGUGGGCCUAGACAUCGAUCGCACACUCAUCAAUCAAGCGAACAAGGCUUUGUUGCGUCAAAAGAAAGCUCUACCUUUUGAAAAUAAUGCACGCUGCUUACAUAAAUUUCCAUAUAAUGUAAGCUUUGUGCAUGGCAACUAUGUGUUACGAGAUGAUGUAUUACUGGAAAUCGAACAUGCACAAUUCGAUGUAAUCCUAUGCUUGUCAAUAACUAAGUGGAUACAUUUGAAUUUUGGAGAUAUUGGGCUAAAGCAGGCAUUUCGGCGUAUGUAUCUACAACUCCGCAGUGGAGGUAAACUAAUAUUGGAAGCCCAACCUUAUAGGAAUUAUGGUCGAAGGAAAAAAAUGACAGAUACUAUUAAUGCUAAUUUUAAAGCUAUGCUAUUUUUCCCUGAGCACUUUAAUGACUACCUCUUAUCAGCGGAUGUGGGUUUCGAAAGCUUUGAAAUAAUGGGUAUACCUGAAGAUUGUGCCGAAGGCUUUAAGCGUCCAAUUCAAAUAUUUCACAAAAAAUAAAAAAUACAUAUUUUUCGGCUGUGAUAGAAAUACUAAGCAAAAAAUUUGUUAUAAUUCAAUUUCGUAGUACAAAAAUAUAUAUAUAUUUUUUUUUAUGAAAGAAUCUUUUAUAAUAACGAAUUAAAAAUAGAUAACUGAAUUUUUAAUGAAAAUAUAUGAAUGUUACAAAGUGUGCCAACAGUUA